GGUCUGUUCUAGGGCAUUGGGUCAGGCGAUCUGGUGCGGUUAUCGCGCCCAUCUCAUCCGUCUCGAGGGGGUCUCUUGGUCGCAGCCCCCUUCCCUGGCAUGUGGCCGGCAGCUCCAUACACAAACGUCAGGGGCUUUAUGUUGGAGUGAUGAACCAGAGGUUGACCCAGGGCAGUGAGACUAACUGUGUCACUACAAGGCAAGGUGAUGGGCCUGCUGGGUGCCUUGUUUGGUCGCCGGCUCUGGCUGACCAACACUGUCAGCUGUGGGGCGUUGCUGGCUGCUGGGGAUGGUAUACAACAGCUUCUGGAGUUCCAACGUGGAGUGCACGCUGAGGAACACUAUAACUGGAAGCGUACUGGCCGGAUGUUUGCUGUGGGCCUGAGCCAGGGCCCACCACACCACCUGUGGUACACAUGGCUGGACCGGUGGCUGCCUGGCCGCUCGGGCCGCGUUGUCCGGCUCAAGAUCUUGGCCGACCAGCUGGUGGCUGCGCCCUUCUUCGCCGUCACCUUCUUCCUGGGCGCUGGGCUGCUGGAGGGCCGCACCAUGGCGCGCAGUCUGCAAGAGUUUCAGAUGAAGUUCCCGGAGGUGUACCUGUUUGAUUGGGCCAUCUGGCCGCCCACGCAGUGGAUCAACUUCCGCUACGUACCUGAGCCGUACCGCGUGCUGUACGUCAACGUCGUCACCGUCGUCUGGGACGUGUUCCUCUCGUACAUCAAGCACAGGGACCAGCUGAAUGAGGAUGCGGAUCCAUCCUGCGCGGCUCCUGACCCGGGGGCGGCCGGCGGCGCCGCGGCCAGCCGCGCCGGCCCCUCCGCCGAUAUCCCGGUGCCGAAGCUGCAGGCCUCGGGCUGGGACCCGUCUGGUGACGUCACGGGACCGGCGGUGUCAGACGAGACGCGCCGACGUCAGCGGGGGCAGCCCAGCUGAUGAACCUCCUCCUCUGUACUAGCUGACGACUCUCCCUGGCCGGCGGUGGGCUCCAAAGGCCGUGCGUGCCGCAGUCGACGUGAACGAGACGAGCAUAUGAGGGCUGGCGAUGUCCGCCGGCGGUGAAACGCCCUAAACCUCCGUCCGUGUCGGCAGUGAUGUGUGUGUGAGUGGAGAGCGCGAUGUCUAGCUGGUAGAACGGACCGCUCGGCACCACGCCCGUGGUACGCUUCCACGCCGCGGUCGUCGUAUGCUCGCUCCUGAAGACGAAGAAGCUGUCGUGCUGUGGCAACCGACUUGCGUCGCUAUGCCUGUCGGAGUGAGUUUGAGUGUGAGCAGCGUUUUUGAUUGGUUGUCAUGCGCCAGUCGAGCUGAAUCCUCUCAUGCCGCCCAGACCUCGCAUUCAUUAUCAUUCAUUUAUGGCCUGUGACACGGUUUGCGUUUUGAGCUUGGGUCUUGCCCUUGCACGAUUGUGACCUAGCAUAGCUCACAUGCAGUACAAAAUUUGGAACUAUUUUUGCGCAUGACGCGUUUUAACAUGAUCCAGUUGUCAAGUGCAAUGCGUUGUGUACUACGCCUACUACGAGCGCGAUGCAACUUACUCAUCACAGCUGUGAUAACGGUUGGACAUAGAUAUGGUUAUAUCUACAUCAUAUUUGUAUUUUAGGUCCAUAGUAAAACACGUUUUAGCGCUUUUUUGCUCUUUUUUCGUGCAACUUCGUUUUCAAGACCGGUGUCGUAAAGUUAAACUAUGUCGCAGGAAUAGGCUCAUCUUUCCCGCGGGGAGAUUUUUUAGGACCUCCGAUUGUCUGCAUCCAACUUUGGCCACGUGUCUGCUCCGAAAUGCUCAA